UACUCCAUCUCAAGUAGUUUACUUUAUACAAUGAGGAAUGAAUUUGAAGACCUACCGCUCUAACGUUGCGGUGUUGUCGUUGAUUUAUGUCAUUAAGAUAUCACGAAGGACCUCAUCAGAGAAAUGCCUGUUAACACACUGAAUAAUUGUCUAUAUCAAUCUUUGGCCUUGCUAUAUCUCGUCUAAUGAUGAUUGAUUCUGUGGAGUUCAGUUCUUCUGUGCCGUCAACCAACAUACCCUCUAAUUACCGAGAGCCGGGGAAAAUGGAGGAGGACGUGGCUAUGCACAUAUUGGCAACCAGGGUUUGGUCCGACAAUGGAUCUUCAUUCGACAACACAAAAGAUGAUCCAUGGAACUCAUUUAAGGGCUUCCAAAGAAUCUUCCACGCAGCUUCUGUGCCGCUGUGUAAAUGAUGAAUAAAAUAUCGCAAUGGCGCUGUGAACAUCGUGCCCCAGGUUGUGUUCCUUUGCUGGCGAUUGACUCUAGACGACAACCUGAGGCAGAUACCUGAAAGACGCCUGGUCUUUAUCUACGAUGCGGUGGUUACUCAAAUUUGCAGCCGGAGCACUCCUGGCUGUCUCAACCGCUGCCACGACGUCCGGUGUGCCAGCGUCGCCAAGAGCCGCGAACAGGCGAUAUGUAGAGGAACGGAAUGGGGUGCAUUACAAUGUCUUCGAGCACGUCGCCACACGAUCGAAGUUAUCAUUCGUCAAGAACUCGGGUAUUUGUGAAACAACGCCUGGUGUCAAUCAAUAUUCGGGAUAUCUCACAGUGGGCGAGAAUAUGAACAUGUGGUUUUGGUUCUUCGAAGCUCGCGAGAAUCCCCAAGAGGCUCCCUUGGUGGCGUAUCUGGACGGAGGUCCUGGUGCUGCGUCGGAGUACGGACUCUUCACACAAAUUGGACCCUGUCACUUCGUUAAUAAUGAGACCACACCAUCCUUGAAUCCAUACGCCUUUAACAAUUAUGCCAACAUGCUCUAUAUCGAUCAACCUAUAGGCGUGGGCUUCUCAUAUGGUAAUGAGACCACUAAUUCCACCAAAGCGGCCGCCCCCCUGGUAUGGAAUUUCCUCCAGGCAUUCUACGAUAACUUUCCCGAAUAUGAAAACCGUGAUUUCGGCAUCGUCAGUGAAUCGUACGGAGGACAUUACAUACCCGAGUUCUCACGUUAUAUUCUAAACCAAAAUGCGGCAGUUGUUCGAGGAGAUCUCGAAGGCGAAGAAAUCCAUAUGGUGGGUUUAGCCAUUCACAAUGGAUGGUUCGAUGCCGAGAUCCAAGAAAAGGCCAACAUCGAGUACAUGUACAAUAACUCGUACAGGCAAAUCAUCAAUGAGUCCAUCCAUGACGAGCUUUUGGACACGUACAACACGACUGUCAAACCUGCGCUUGACCUUUGUCAUACGAAUGGUACAAGCGACAACUGCUAUGCUGCUUAUACCUCGUACCUGAAUAUGAUCGAGUACCCCAUCUUAGCCGCUUUUGCGGAGAGAUCCCCCAACGGGUACUACUUAGGCGAUAUCCGUGAACCGUAUUCGAGACCGCCCUCGACAUAUGUUGCGUAUCUGCAAAGACCAGAUAUCCAGAAAGCGCUCGGGGCAAAGGUGAAUUAUACGGACCAAGGAGGAGCAAUCGGGUUCUACUAUUCGGGCGAUGAUGCGCGCUCGUUCGUACCUCAGCUCUCGGACGUCGUACAAGCUGGUAUCAAGGUCCUCAUCUGGACUGGUGACGCUGACUAUGUCUCGAACUGGUAUGGAACACUUGACGUAGCACAUGCCGUUGAAUGGUCCGGAAAAGACAUGUUCGCGACCAAGACGUUAGAGCCUUACACCCUGAACGGUGUAGAGAAGGGAACGUUCAAGUCCUUGGAUAACUUCACUUUUAUGCGUAUAUAUGAGGCUGGACACAAUCUACCAUUCUAUCAACCGGAGGUCUCGCUACAGAUUUUCAAACAGUUCAUGGGAACGGGCAGCGUACUUCCUACGUAAGGCUUCAACUCACGAUUCUGCCUGGGGAGUUUGUCUUGAGCGAUAUCGCUGAUCUAUUUCUCUCCUGGCGUAUAUGAUGCGUAUAUGAUCUGAUACAGUAUCUAUCUACAGUGUGAAUAUAUAGUCACUGUCUCAAAAAAGCAUUCCUAUCUAGGUAUCCAUUGGUUGCCUUCUAUGUAUAAACCACCCUUAAUCA